AUGUCGGCUGCCAAGGAGAUUGCUCACGUCUUCCGGUGGCACCGGGCAUUUGCCAAGCUCAAGAUGCCAAUCAAGGAGGUGGAGCCAUUGUCUCGCUACACCAACUUCACGUUGAACCAUGUGUGGGAGAAGUUCGAUUGCCAAACCGCCUUGCUCACCAAAGAGGCUCUCCUCCCUUUGGCGAAGCGCAACCCAGAGCUUUUUGACCCCGACUUGGACAACAUGAACACUGUGAGGCCUGAGCUGAAAGUGGAGGAGCUUCAAUUGGCCAAAGGUGCCUUUGCCAUGCUCCACUUGAAUCUACAAGAUGUGUGGAGCACGGUGGGUGCCCGCAUGACCACCCGCGGCGGCAGCACCAUCACUCAGCAGGCCUUCGCACCUGUGGUCCGCGAGGAGCCCGACCGAAAACGGCGGAAGCUCUCGAAGGACCUGGAGGAGACAUCACCCCCGCCGUCGCCGCCCAGGCGCUGA